GAUCAGUUUGAAGUUAUUCACUGUUCAGAGUGAACAGGUGAAAGAAACCCUCAAUCUCUCCGAUCGAUCAGCAACACCCACACCAUGCCGGCUGGAACACUCGAUGACUAUGAAGUGCUGAACACCAUCGGUAGUGGCUCGUAUGGCACAUGCAAGAAAAUCAAGAGAGUGCGGGAUGGCAAAAUUCUUGUUUGGAAAGAGAUUGCCUAUGGCAUCAUGUCAGAGGAUGAGCGUCGCAUGUUGGUUUCUGAAGUCAAUGUGCUGAGGGAACUUCGCCAUGAGCACAUUGUUCGCUAUCACGAUCGUGUUCAAGAUAAAACCACCAGCACUUUGUUCAUCGUCAUGGAAUAUUGCGAAGGAGGUGAUCUUGCCAAGCGAAUCGAUAGACGGAAGAAGCGCAGGCAGGGAGGUUUUGACGAGCCCUUUGUCUGGAGAGUCCUCUACCAACUUGCAUCUGCUCUCUCGCUAUGCCACCACCGUAAGCAAGGCGGCUCCAUCCUACACAGGGAUAUCAAGCCCGCCAAUGUCUUCUUGGACGACAAGGAGAACAUCAAGCUCGGUGACUUUGGCCUUGCACGUAUUCUCGGCCAUGACACAAGCAUGGCAAAGACGUUUGUUGGCACUCCAUACUACAUGUCGCCCGAACAAGUCUUACAUGACCGCUACAACGACAAGUCUGAUAUGUGGUCACUUGGCUGCCUGGUCUAUGAGCUCUGUUCACUCCGGCCUCCGUUCCAGGCGGCCAAUCAGAAGCUUCUAGCAUUGAAAAUCCGUGAAGGUCGUUUCCAGCCCUUACCGAGCACGUACUCCUCUGACCUGCGUUCACUUGUGGAGCAGCUGCUCACGGUUGAGGCUCAGGAACGGCCUAACAUUGAUACGAUACUGGCACAUCCACAGCUGAAGAGGCAGCAGCAGAUGCAACAACCUGCAGCUGAUGUUCAACAGCCACCGCAUCGACCAGCCAUAAAGCGAAAGGCAUCUGACCUUCAAGCCCCGGCAAAGGAGCCAGUCCGUGCCAUGAGUUCGGAGGAACGACAAGCCGCACUGGACCAGCGUGAACUUGACUUGCAAGUGCGCGCUGCAGAGCUGAAAGCGUGGGAAGCAAGGUUGAAGAUUCAAGAAGCUGAAGCCGAAGAUAAGCUAAGACGAGCUGAAACAAUUCUACGGCAGCAGCGGGCUGAGAGUCAUGGUCAGCUUCAGGUCCUAAAGCCAAGAGCAUCGCCACCAGUUGCACAUGCACCAGCGUUUGGAGAUGCUGGGUUUGACAUCUUCGUCGACGAAGAUUGUCGUGAGGCACAGAAUGCUGAUCUCAAGAAGCCACGUCGGGCUCUCUCUGCCCUGGACCCAGGAAAAGCAGGAGGCCUGAAGGCAAAGGCAGCUCGUAAUUUCCUUGUUCAGGGCAAGGAGAAUGCAUCGGCCCCGCCAGGUGCUGGCAAGUUUGCAGUGUUGGGUGGCCAGGAGAAUGCUGGGCUUCAGGCGAAACAUAAACAGCCGCAGGGUCUUGUUGAAAGGCAGCGGAAGCCACUUGCAUUCCGCUGAUAACCUCCUAUUUCCACGUGCCGAGAACUCUCUGCGUGAUAUUGGCUUCCUCAGCCAUUGGAGUUACUUGCCCUGGUAAUUCACUUAUGUGCAAAGCUAAUUCCGGGCCCGACCGGUCUGAAUGUGGCUUCUAACAAUCACACUGAUUUUUCAUAUUCUACCUAUUACUCGAAUAGUCCAUUUGUGUACACUGUCAAUAUAACUACUUGAUAUAUCAACAACACUGGAUUUGAUCCUAACGAUCCUGUAACACUUGCUGGUCUCCUACCUUAUUUCCUUCUUGUAUUUUUGUUUUUGUUUUUAUAAAUUUUUUUAAACUAUCCAGUGACUCCAACCAUUAGGUUUUUAAACAUCUGAAUUCGAUUUUGCUAGUGUUUUUAUGCUGGGGUUGUCUGUUUUUGAUUCUGUAUCUUGGUCGACCCACUUAUUUUCUCUUCUCUCGGCACUGUUUUGUUGUAGCAUGUCGCAUGUGUCAGUGUGCUAUGUUCAAGUUGCAUUGCUGCCCAUGUCUCAACUAUUCUCUCCUAGUUGCACCACAUCCUUGCUUCCUCUCCUUUACUUUAAAGGUAUAUUUGAAAAGAAACUUCGACUGAAA